AUGCCCCGUGCCUUCCUGGUCAGGAGUCGGCGUCCACAGCCGCCCAACUGGGGCCACUUGCCUGACCAGCUCCGAGGAGAUGCCUAUAUCCCAGACUGCAGCAGCCUAGGGGGGCCGCCAGCACGCCAGCCUUCCAGCCUCAGGGACUCUUGGGCAGCGCCCACACAGGGCCCCCCAGCCUCUGCUCCAAGAGGCCCAGGGACACUGGGCUGCCCGCUUUGUCCCAAGGCCUUCCCGUUGCAGCGCAUGCUGACGAGGCACCUCAAGUGCCACAGCCCAGCACGCCGCCACGUGUGCCGCUGUUGUGGCAAGGGCUUUCAUGAUGCCUUCGAUCUCAAGCGCCACAUGAGGACUCACACUGGGAUCCGGCCAUUCCGUUGCGGUGCUUGCGGGAAGGCAUUUACGCAGCGGUGCUCCCUCGAAGCUCAUCUUGCUAAGGUGCACGGGCAGCCAGCCAGCUACGCCUACCGUGAGCGCCGUGAGAAGCUGCACGUGUGCGAGGACUGCGGCUUCACCAGCUCCAGGCCUGACGCCUACGCACAGCACCGUGCCUUGCACCGCACCACCCGAGACGGUGUGCCAGCGUCCUGCCCACGAGGCAAAUAA